ACUGUCUUCAACGGUUGUCGCGAGCGUCCUCCUCCUUUAUUACUGUAGAUCUUUUAGCAGAUACAGUAGACCCCUAUCUACUGCAACAGCGCCCCCUCUCCUCUCCUCUAUCCAGCAGCAGCACUCCCUCUCACGCCAGAUGAAGGGGAACGCUACCCGACGUUGUUCGUUGGCUUCUUCCCUGCGCGCCGGCGUCCGGAACCUUCCCGUUCGGCGACGACAGUUUCAAAAGGACAAAACGGGGAAAGCGGGUGGCCGUAGGAUGCACGAGACGCUGAUUUCACCCUCCCAGUCGUGACGGCAACACGCGCGGGGAGGACCAGCCGGUCGGCCCGCCCGCCCGCCCCCCGCCAUGCUGGGAUCGCCCAAGGUCUUCUUCGCCUCCUCCACCUCGCGUCGCUCUAGGUCGCUGCGCCGGCUGCUCUCGAUGCCGGCCUUCUCCGCGGCCUGCCUCCUCUUCGGCCUCGCCGGCUUCCUCGCCACCGUGCUCGCCCUCUCGCGCUCCCCGUCCGUCACUCACAGCCGCUGCCCCGAUUCCUCGCGCCCGCUCUCCGUCUCAAUCGCGUGGGACCGCAGCCCAGGGGAUGGCUCCGCAUCGGGCUCCGCGGAGCUCCCGGCCUCGCUCGCCACUGGAUCGCGCGGCCGCCACAAGGUCAUGGCCUUCGUCGGGAUCUUCACCGGGUUCGGCUCCAUCGGCCGCCGCCGCGCGCUGCGCCAGACAUGGCUACCCGCGGAUCGCCAGGGUCUACUUCGGGCAGUCGCUGGUAUCACGGCUUGUUAGUUCGUUUUUGCUUGUGCCGGUCAAGAUCUAGCUGGACUUUUAGAGUUCGAACUGUCGAUGUAUUUCGUUGCUUCUAGCCUACUGCUCCUCUCAUAGUAGUAGUAUAAUAUAUGGUGAGACUGGUUGCAAACUUAAUAUGGGAGUUGGUUUGAUAUUUCUUA